AUGGACCAGGAAGAACACGCAACGGUGACCUCACAAUACUCGGACGAUGCCACCGACGGAGCAACGUUCGCCACCUUUGGUGGCCAGGGAGUUGACGGUGAAGCGGCAGUUCUUCGACCGCUGCUGAGCGUGAACGGAGUGGAGAGCAAGACCAAGAGCUCGCUUAGGAUGAAUACCAAGUCAAACUCCACCAGUGCUCGAGUAUCGUUCCUGAACAGCUUGGCCCAUGUGCUGCUCGUGGUUUCAAUCGGCAUCUACGUCUGGGGCCAAGUCAUGUACCUGUCGCCGUCUAUCCAGCUGAGCUUCAUGACCGCCAUCAGUCCAUUCUGGAGCGUGCCGCUGACCCCGCCACCUCCCGGUUCGUCACUCAAGGCCUACGGUCGCUACGAGAUGCUCGCCCCUACCUUCUUCGUGCUGUUCACCGUGCUACCGCUGCUGGCCAGUUUGUUGUUCUUCGAGUUCGUGCGCGACUACAAUGUUCACCGACACACUGCGCGUCGAGUGCUUGCAGUUUCAGCCUUGCUACGUCGGAAGCCGCCGCGGAUCUCUGGACUCCAGAGGGUGAGGGACUUUUGCUACGGCGAGCUGCUCUUCAUCGCGUUCUUGGUAGUCGGCAACGUGGUCCUGUUCGUGUACGGCUGGAUCAACCAGCGUCGAGUUCUCCCUCGCCCUGGUGAUCCGUACGACUUCAACACGGUUCUGGAGCUCAGCGGGGUUGUCUUCGGCUACAGCUCCGUCUUCAACAUGGCGUUCCUCUUCCUACCGUGCACGCGCCACUGCGCGUGGAUGGAGUUUUUCAACAUUUCGUACGCGAAUGGCGUCAAGUACCAUCGCUGGUUGGGAAUGCUGGCCAUCUACGGAGCGAUCCUCCACGCGAUUCCGUUCUAUUGGCUUUGGUAUCGUCAAGGCGUGCAGGCGAAGCAGGCGUUACCCUGCUUCGACUGUCAGCUGGACUACUGGCACAUUGGCUAUCCCAAGUGGUUCAACGUGUUUGGCGAGAUCUCGUUGAUCUUCAUGCUCGCCAUCCUCUUCACCUCGCAUCCGUGGGUCCUGCUGCACUUCAACGUGAUCGUGUGGUGGAUGCUGCCGACUCUCGUACUCUACCUGUCAAUCCAAGUGCUGGAGUUCACUCGACUGCCGGAAGGUCUUGUCAAAGUUGUGCUGGCUCGGUCAGCUAACCAGCUCGAAGGCGGCUUCGAUAUCGGACAAUUCGUGUAUCUGAACGUGCCCGCCAUCUCCAAACUGCAGUGGCACGCGUUCACUAUCAGCUCUUCUCCCCGAACAAGCCCGACGUCGUUGACGAUUCUUGCGAAAUCACUAGGAGACUGGACGGAAAACUUGGUCGAGCAUGCACAGGAGUGUCGAGACAAGAGCAAACUUCCUGUCAUGUACAUGGAUGGAUACUAUGGUGCUUCGCUCGCUGGAUACGAUGAAUACUCCACGGUUUGUUUAGUUGGAGGUGGCAUUGGCUCAACGCCGUUGUUCGCCAUCUUGGAAGACAUGGUGGCUCGCUUGGAGAAAUGCAAUCCGUCACUCCCAAUGCAGCAUGUAUUCCUCGUCCUUGCAAUUCGGGAGCUCGCGCUACUUGAAGAGAUUUCUCCGGUACUUACGAAGAUCAGACAUCUUGAUCCACAAGGUGCCCGCUUCACGCUCCGAUUCAACUUGACGCGGAUGCCAAGUAAGUUCACGCUGGACACCCCGAUCGAUUACGAGAGAUUACACGGCAAUUUAAGCAUCGUCCACAAUGCUGCCGAUGCGCCAACGGGACUGUUCGCUGGGCUGCGAAGUGCUCCAGCACCAUUCAUUGAACCUCUCCGCUCCCGAGGAACGAAGAUCACGCAGUACUGGCCUCUGCAGAACUUUGUCGAGAUCUCAGUAGUCUUCCUGAUCCCAGUCGUCGCGGACAUGACAGUGCGCGCUGCAACCUCCAGCAUUCGACCAACGUCGCCUACAGCGGGUUCUCGGGAUUUCGUCGAGAGCAACACAGGUCUAGGGACGCUGCGCGAUUUAGUGGAGGAGUAUGACGUCGCCUGCGGGUCGCGUCCAAACAUGAAGCAGAUUCUAGAAGAAGUGCACGCAAGGCAUCGUGCAACUCCAGUGACAACAUUUAUUGGGGUGUUUAUCUCUGGCCCUGAAGCACUCAAGGCUGCAACCGACAAUGCAAUCGCUGAUCUAGGGCCCCACGAUUUCGAUGUUCACGAAGAAGAGUUCGAGUUGUAG